AUGAGUCUUCACAUCGUCGUGUUUGGUGUUUUUUGUGUUGCUGUAGGUGUAGCAUCACUUCAUGGCUGUAACGAUUUGCAGACUUUCGGAGAUGUUAGAAUUCCAGUGUAUCAAACGUUUAUUCAGACUGCGUUUGAUAAUCUUGUUGUAGAUAAAAGUUUAAAAGAAGCCUAUGUCUUGCUGCCUAUCCCAUCACCAAUUACUGUCUUCACAAAUUACAACUGUAGGAUUACCAAGACCGAUGACAACUACAUGCGAGUCUGCAAAGGAAUCGAUCCAACCUGCAAGACAUGCGUGGAAUAUAGCUUUCCAAUAACUCUUGAGGCUGACGGAAACAGGAUCUCAUUUUCAUACACAGAUCCGAAUGGACAAACGGUAUAUGAUUACUACUGGUCUCCUUGUCCAAGUAAAUAUAUGUUGAGAAUACAGUGUCCAAGUAACAGCCUUCAACAAAAUAAUAAAUGUGCACGGACAGGGACCCGAAUAACCGUGUUUCUGGUGGGAGAUGUUAACCAAAGUAAUGCUCCAUGGAAUGAUAUGGCCAAGGAAAUCUUCACUGCAACCGGGGUCAAGUUUGGAGAGAUAGAUGGCAUGAAUUGGUUUUACACAGAAAAUACCGGAACUCCAUGUGAUAUUUGUAGCGGAUGAGGAGAAGAAACAUAAGGAAAAACAGAAUAACAUAAACUCUAAAAUCCUAAUAAUAUUUAAUAGCAAAGCAGUUAAGUACUGAAACCAUAAAGAACGCGAAAAUGGCAAUAUUGAAUU